AUGUUGACUCUUCUGCUGCUUCUCCUGGGACUAGGCUCUGUGUCCGGUGCUCUCCUCUCUUAAAAGCCAAGCAAGGACAUCUGUCAACGCGGGACCUCCACAACAAUCCAGUGUCAGGUGGAUAGCCAGGUCACCUUCAUGUACUGGUACCGUCAGCUUCCAGGACAGAGUUUGGUGCUGAUGGCCACGGCGAAUCAGGGCUCUGAGGCCACUUACGAGAGUGGGUUUCCCAAGGCCAAGUUUCCCAUUAGCCACCCAAACCUGACAUUCUCAGUUCUGACCGUGAGCAAUGGGAUCCCUGAAGACAGUGGCUCUUACUUCUGCAGUGCUGGAGACACAGGUGGCUGUAUUCUAAUGUGCUAUGACUAUACCUUCGGCCCAGGGACCAAGCUGACGGUUGUAGAUGACCUGAGCCAGGUGAGCCCACCCAAGGUGGCUGUGUUCGAACCAUCGGAAGCAGAGAUCGCCCGGACCCAGAAGGCCACGCUCGUGUGCCUGGCCACGGACUUCUACCCCGACCACGUGGAGCUGAGCUGGUGGGUGAACGGGAAGCAGGUCCAGACCGGGGUCAGCACGGACCCUCAGCCCUACAGGGAGGACCCCAGCCGCAAUGACUCCCGCUACUGUCUGAGCAGCCGGCUGAGGGUCUCGGCCGCCUUCUGGUCCAACCCCCGCAACCACUUCCGCUGCCAAGUCCAGUUCCACGGGCUCACGGACGAGGACGACUGGUCCAAGCAGGACGGGCCCAAACCCAUCACCCAGAACCUCAGUGCCGAGGCCUGGGGCCGAGCAAAUUGUGGUGUCACCUCAGUGUCCUAUCAUCAAGGCGUCCUGUCUGCCACCAUCCUCUAUGAGAUCCUCCUGGGGAAGGCCACCCUGUAUGCUGUGCUGGUCAGCGCCCUGGUGCUGAUGGCCAUGGUCAAGAGAAAGGAUCUAGUUCUGGAGAGAAGUGGGAGGAGAGAAGCCAGAGAGGAGAAGGAGGGGAGCCCCAUUCUGUGUCAGGGGAGGAAGGGAGGGGGAGGAAUUCUUGGCAGCCCCUUCCCACUGUGCUCCUACAGUGAGCAGUACUUCGGGCCAGGGACCCGGCUCACUGUGCUAGAUGACCUGAGCCAGGUGAGCCCACCCAAGGUGGCUGUGUUCGAACCAUCGGAAGCAGAGAUCGCCCGGACCCAGAAGGCCACGCUCGUGUGCCUGGCCACAGACUUCUACCCCGACCACGUGGAGCUGAGCUGGUGGGUGAACGGGAAGCAGGUCCAGACCGGGGUCAGCACGGACCCUCAGCCCUACAGGGAGGACCCCAGCCGCAAUGACUCCCGCUACUGUCUGAGCAGCCGGCUGAGGGUCUCGGCCGCCUUCUGGUCCAACCCCCGCAACCACUUCCGCUGCCAAGUCCAGUUCCACGGGCUCACGGACGAGGACGACUGGCCCAAGCAGGACAGGCCCAAACCCAUCACCCAGAACCUCAGUGCCGAGGCCUGGGGCCGAGCAAACUGUGGUGUCACCUCGGUGUCCUAUCAUCAAGGCGUCCUGUCUGCCACCAUCCUCUAUGAGAUCCUCCUGGGGAAGGCCACCCUGUAUGCUGUGCUGGUCAGCGCCCUGGUGCUGAUGGCCACGGUCAAGAGAAAGGAUUCCUGAAGCCAGCUGAGAGGGGGAGCCAGGAGCUUCCAGCCUGCUAUUGCCCUGAUGUGAAUUCUGCUUUUUGCAUUCCUACCCAGUGCUUCAGAAGAGCUGCUCUCAUCUCUCUACUCAUCCCAGUAUCUACCUACCAUAUGCAUGCACCCCAAACACUCAUGUCCACGAUCCCGCUAACCCAGGGUGGGGGGGAUCCUAGAGGGCUUGAACUGACUCAGCCAAUAAAUAUGGCCUGAUCUGGCUUGAC